GCGAGGCCGGAAGUCCAAUUCUGUUGCCUAGAGAGACCGUUAGUGAGUACUGGGCCCUCCGGCCCUGGGCCGGGGGAUAGGUGUGCGGAGGAUUAAGAUCGGACUGGGCCUCAGAGGAGGCGAACCGAAGAAGGAGGUAGGAUGUCAGCAGCAAGGAGAUCCAGCUUGUUAAACACCAGCCACUUAGCUAAUGAUUUUUUUUAUGAUUCCAGUGAUGUUUCCAUAGGAGAUAUGAGGAUGAAGGAAGUUCAGAAUAGGGUCCUCAGAGGUGAAGGCCUUGCUAACACACCAUUUAGCCAAAGCAGAUUCCUAAAGAGGAAGCAAAAUGCUGAUGAAAACCAGUUUUUCUUCAAGGGUAGUACCAUAAGAGAGAUGGGGAGCAGGACCUCUUUAAGUAGAUCACUGACUACUGCCUCCAAGAUGAGGGCAAAUGCAGCUUUGAUGAAACUAGCACAAAUAGAAACGAAAAUUAUGGGCCGAAAGCUGCAGGUUGAUUUGUCUGACACUGAUACAGAUGGGAAGAGUCCUGAUGACAUUUCUUUGAAUCAGAGAGCUGAUGCCCUUUCUCUGAAGAAUGUAAGCGACAUUCCCUGGCAAUGCGGGGAUAAACUUCCCACCACCAGUAGCAAUGAGAGAGUGAGUCGGUUUCUGAAGAAGAAAGGUCCAGCUGCUGAAAAUAUAGCCAGUACAGCACAGUUUGGAAACAUCAAGAGCUCUCAACCACCCAAACAGAAAGAGCCAGUUAGAAAGCUGGUUUCUCUGGAUAGUGACGAAGAGGAAAUGAAACUGUUGCUGGGAAACUUUGUGAAGCCUUUCAGCGACAGAGAGACGCCUAAGAAUGCUGUUCUUAUGAAUGCUAAACUUAAGGAGGCUGAAUCUAAGGCACUCUCUCUGGAUGAGAUUCUGAGUCCACCAAGUGCUCUUUCUCCACCCAGUGAAGAAUUGUCCAGUCUCAAGCUUUUUCGAACAUUGCGCCUGCCUGAGGAAAGCUGUCAAGAAGCAGCCUCCCAAGGUAUCCCUUCAAGAACGCCUUCCCCGCAGAGUGGUGGGAAAAACAAAACUUCAAGAUCACCAUCACUGUCCAUAAUGCAUUACUUCUCAAGGCCAACAUCCCCUAAAAAGGAACAUAUAAAGCUGGCAUUCUCACCUGAGGAGACUGAAAUUGGAUCACUGGAUGAGCUGUGCUCUGAAGCAUCCAGUGGUAGCUUAAAUGAUUUUAAAAUAAACAUUUUAUCCCUUGAUGAUUUGGCUCCAGAUGAUAUCAGUGAGAAAAUAGAACUCGGACAAAAAGAAGAAGAUCAUAGAAUGAAACAACCAAGCAAGGAAUUAAAAACAGAUGUGUCAGUUGUCAAAUGUAUACAAAGAAGAAAUGCCAAAGAGAUGAGCCCAGAGACGAGUAUGAACAUUACUUCUCUUCAUACUGAAGAGGAAAGUCACACUGCCAGUGAAAUAUGUGAGGAUGUGAAUGAGGAGUCUGUCCCCUUUUCUAGAGAGGAAAGUAUUUCCAGCAGGAGGUCCCCAUCUCCUAGACCUCAGGAGAGUACUAUAAACUCAGUGUAUUCUGAAGACUUUGAAAAGUCUCCAAGUUCAACAGUAUCUGGGCAGACGGCCUACUCCCAAGAGUCAUUAGACGAGACACUGGAGUCUUUGUCUGAGAGCCCUUCAUAUUCUCAAAGCGACCUUCCCACACAGUUGGGAAAGCCUGGUCAGAAGCGGAAUGAGGAUGUAAGGAGACUCUUAGUGAAAGAAGUGGCUGUUCAGACUUAUGAUCCUGUAUUUACCUACAGCUGGACAAAGGAGAGUAUGGCGACCAUUGGCCCAAGUCUGGGCAGAGCGUACUUGGAUCCUGAACCUAUUGCCAGUCAUGUGAUUAGUGCAGAUGCAAUAGAAGCUCUGACAGCCUAUAGUCCUGCAGCCUUUGCUUUGAAUGACAUGUUAAAACAGCAGUUGACAUUGACAAAACAGUUUAUGGAAACCAGCCGGUAUCUGCAUUUUUCUCUCCUGAAGUCCCUGGAAGAUGACACAUUCCAUUAUCAAACAUUGGAAGAAGUCAAAGAGUAUAUUAAGAAACACAAGUCACCACCACUGACAAUUGAGAAAGCUUUGGAGGAAGUUGUAAAGGAAAUGUCGGAUCACUGAACAGAGAUUUGCUUCCAGUAUAGAAAAGCACCAGAAGAUUAUGAAUCUACAUAGAAACAGUCUGCCAGCAAAAUUCAAAAAGGAAGAGAAAUCUUACGGAGGAGUAGGACUCCGAGAUCGGGAUCGGCGCCUCCUUCCUGGGGAGUAAGAUUUUGACCUGGAUCUGGACCUUGACCGUGAUCUGCUUCGUGAAGAACGGGACCGGCUUCUGCUCCUGUAUCACAAGAGUGUCCAAAUUUAGUUAUAUUCUCCUCUAGAAAAAUUGAACAUGAGCAUCCAGCCUUGAAAAUCAUGAAGGGGCUCUGCUUCAGGAAGAAAGGCCCAAUUGUGACCUACCUAGACCGGGAGCG